CUCAUCCCCUGGCUCUCUCACUCCUCGCCUCUGUUAAAAUAACCCUGUGAGGUUAGCACCCGGAGCAUCCAGGGAUCACUGGUAUACAAACUGUUCCCUCACAGAUGAGAAGCAUCAGAGUGGGAUAGGGAGGCAUCCCAGAUUCAGAGACGAUAAAUCACACGGCGAUAUACUCACCUCACAUCACCUCAUUUCACCUCACGUCACCUCUACUGCUGAACCUGUGAGAAGAGAGACAGAGGAAGAUGAUGCAAUCAGUGUAUGAUGACCUGUCCAAGCAGAGGAUACAGCAAGCCAAGGCUCUGUGUACAGAGGCCAGGGGUGGAGGUAUGAACUUGGGGAAGAAGAUCAGUGUUCCCAAGGAUGUGAUGAUGGAGGAAUUAAACCUUCCGUCCAACCGCGGCUCCCGCAUGUUCCAGGAGAGACUGAGACGGGUGGAGAGAUUCACACUGGAGAACCAAGUCCAUGACCAUUACAGCAAUGGCCUUCCAGAGCCCAUGCCCCCCCAGACCAUACAGGAGUCCCAGAGGGGGAAAGAGAACCAGGCAUAUCUGAUGCCUGACAACCACAACCUGAUCACCACUCUACAGAAGACUGUGGCCAUGAAGGGCAGCCCCAACGUCAUUGCCCCAGGCUACGUGGGCCCCCUGAAGGAGAUCCCCCGUGAGAAGUUUAACCUGACAACCAGGUCCUACUGUUCCCCCUGGAGGGAAGCCCUGGGUGACAGUGAGGACCUCCUGUCCUCCCUCAGCACCCAGUUCCCACAGAGGGCCACACUACAGCCUGCCAACUACAGGUGUUUCAACAGAGCGGCCAUGCCAUUCGGAGGUGCACAGCAGAAGAGUAAGAGGGUGAUCCCAGUGAUUGGGUUUGAGCUGUUGGACUCCCAGCGCCUCCCUGGUACGACCCUGGACCGCAUGUGUAAACGGCCCAACUUCAACAGAGCACCACAGGGAUGGGGUCACGACUACUCCCCUGAAUCCAUCGACCUGUGAGAGGACCACCACUCACCUAUUACCUUCAAACUUCCUGUGACCUUUGUGAAAUCACAGGCUAAAAGACUUAAGCAUCGAUUUGUUCUUAUUACCCUUCCUUGUCCCUCUCAAUUCAAAGAUGACCCCCUCUAGAGUAGGUAGCCCCAAACUACUUUUACAUUAAAAUGCUUUCAUCUAUUUAAUGGUUAUAUUAAGAUAAGGGUCUGUGAUUAGGGGCAACUUCUACCUCGAUCCCUCUGGUAUUCAGUCAGUGCCAUAAGGAAAAGACUUGUGAAUGAUAAGAUUGUUUCCUGAUGAGAGCUCUGUGGAUAGGCUUGUGUGGAAAAACAACUUAAGACUUCUGAAUCAAUCAACAGCUCAUUAUGAGAGCUGAGCCCAGGCAAAAGAAGGCCAGUUGAGGGGAGAGGUGAUUUGUCACUCUUCUUUCCGUCUCUUUUUUAAUCAAAACGCCCUCUUCCUUAGCCCAACUCCCCCAUUUCCCUCACCACUUGCCUCCCUUCUCUGCCACUCCCAUCCCUACAUAACCUUUCCUUUGGCUCCCUUCCCUCUCUCCUACCAUCACACUUUCCUCCCUCUGACUUCUCCUCUGUUCAUAAAGGAUUGAUAUUGAUUGCGUUAAAUGUAAAUGAUAGAGAACUUGUUUUAAUGGCAGAAGUGGACAACAAAACAUUACAAUAAUAAACUGAAUCAUUUUGUGGAAAAUAAA